AUGGCGCCUGCUGCCGCAUCAUCUACUAAGAAGACACCGUCACUGAAGGUGUUGACAACACGCUUGAAGGGCAUUCAAACAUCCUUUGGUGAUAUAGUGGAAUUUGUAGACCAUUUCCCAGAGCGAAGUACAACGUCGGAGGUUGAAAUACGUCUACAAAAACUCGACGAACUGUGGGAAAGGUUCGGAGAAACCCUCGUCGACGUCAAGGCACACGAUGAUUUACCAGCCGAUAGCGAGGCUGCCUAUGAUAAGGAGAGACGAGAGUUUAGUAAUUCCUACUAUCGUGCCAAGGCGUUUCUUCUGGAAUGGGUAAAGCAACAACAACCCUCUCCGACGUUGGAACAAUCCAUCCGCGGGGGUGAUAUUUCGAUGCAAGGUUCGCUCGAUCAUGUUCGCCUUCCGCAAAUAAAGCUGCAGUCGUUUGACGGGAACAUCGAUGAGUGGCUAAGUUUUCGUGAUCUUUUCACAUCUCUCAUCCAUUUCAAGGCAGAACUCCCGGAUGUUGAAAAGUUUCACUACCUCAAGGGCUGCCUUCAGGGUGAGCCAAAGAGUUUAAUCGACCCGCUGCAAAUAACGCGAGCAAACUACACAAUCGCAUGGAAUACGUUGCUCAAAAGGUAUGACAACAGCAAGCAAUUGAAAAAGCGACAGGUUCAGUCGUUGUUCCAGUUGCCAACCGUUUUAAAGGAAUCCGCCAAUGAGCUUCAUUCUCUACUGGAGAGUUUCGAGAGAGUCGUGCAGACUCUGGAUCAGAUAGUGCAGCCGGGUGAUUAUAAGGAUCUUCUUCUUACGAAUUUCCUCACAAUGCGAUUGGAUCCGUCAACUCGCAGAAGUUGGGAAGAGUUUUCGUCUACACAGGAAACUGAUACGGUUAAGGAGUUAUUGGAAUUUCUCCAUCGACGGAUCCAAGUUCUGGAAUGCUUACCAUCAAGGGCGAUGGAAGCAAGGGUGCAAUACCAACCACUACCGCAAAAGCAGAAAGUUUCGGCGGUAAAAACUAGCUAUAACACGGUGCAAUCGUCUGGGGGACGCUGCAUGGCGUGUUCGGCAAAUCAUUUUCUAUUUCAAUGCGGAAAAUUCCAACGGAUGUCCUUAACGGAGCGUGAUGCUUUCGUUCGUACUCACACUCUCUGUCGUAAUUGCUUUAGACUGGGUCACCAGGCAAAGGAUUGCCAGGCUAAAUAUUCUUGUCGAAUAUGCAAGGCACGUCACCACACGAUGGUAUGCUUUAAGCAGGAAAGGGAUAGUAGACCUAGGCCGCCACCUGCUAGCGGUGAAAACUCCGGUGCGACCUCAAUUUAUCAUCUACCGACGUCAUCAAAUUCAUCACACGUUGAUAACCUGGCGGCUACCAACAUAUCGGUCUCGAAUUCCGCUAUGCAGCUCACAUCGCAAGUCUUAUUGGCCACUGCUGUGGUUCUCGUCGAGGAUGAUGAGGGAAAUCAAAUACCAGCUCGCGCGCUUCUCGACUCGGGCUCUGAAAGCAAUUUCAUUUCGGAGCAUUUGAGCCAACGAUUAAAGGUGGAUCGGCAAAAGGUACACAUUUCAGUCCUUGGUAUAGGACAGGCAUCUGCAAGGGUUAAACAACGGGUUCAAGCUACAAUACGCUCUAGAGUAUCAAGGUUUUCACGGGAAUUGAACUUUCUGGUUUUACCCAAGGUGACAGUUCAUUUACCGACAACUUCAAUUAAUACGAAAGGAUGGACCAUACCAAACGACAUCCAGUUGGCUGACCCUUCAUUCUCGGUGUCUAUGGGAGUAGACAUAGUACUUGGUAUCGAAGCAUUUUUUGAUUUCUUCGUGUCUGGUCGGAAGCUCAUUUUGGGAGAGCAGAGGCCAUCGCUUAACGAGUCGGUAUUCGGAUGGGUGGUCUGCGGCGGAUUAUCAUCUCAUAAGCAAUCACCUCAUAUCAGCUGUCAUAUGACCGAGGACAGGUUGGAUGAAUUGGUUGCUAGAUUUUGGGCAUGCGAAGAGGUCGAUAUCCAAAAAUCUUAUUCACCGGAGGAAGAGCGGUGUGAGAAAUUGUUUACGCAAACCGUACAACGGGGACCUGAUGGACGAUACACUGUUGCAUUACCUAUGGCCGAGGGGGCCAUAUCGCGGUUGGGCGAGUCGAAAAACAUUGCACUACGACGUCUCCACGCAACGGAAAGGAGGUUGGCAAGGAACUCAGGCUUGCUUGACCAGUAUAAGGCGUUCAUGAGCGAAUAUCUAGAUUUGGGGCAUAUGCGCUUGGUUGAGGAAGACCAACGAGCAGUAGUAGGCCGAUGCUACUUACCGCAUCAUCCGGUUGUUAAGGAGGCCAGUACGACCACAAAGGUGCGCGUUGUCUUCGACGCGUCUUGUAAGACAUCAACGGGAAUUUCGCUGAACGACGUGUUGUUGACGGGACCGGUGAUCCAGGAGGAGUUACGGUCAAUUAUAUUACGCUGUAGGACCAAGCAAAUUAUGCUGGUAGCCGACGUUGAAAAAAUGUUUCGGCAGAUUGUGAUCGACCCAAACGAUAGGCCGCUACAGUGUAUUCUUUGGCGCUCGUCGCCUACUGAGCAGGUGGCGACCUACGAACUAAAUACAGUGACGUACGGUACUAAACCCGCUCCGUUUCUUGCGACACGCGUCUUGCAGCAGCUGGCAUUAGAUGAAGGGGAACAUUUUGCUUUGGCAGCAAGGGCCAUCACCGAAGACACAUAUAUGGAUGAUGUCAUCACAGGAUCUAACGACAGUGCAGAAGCUCUACAGCUGAGAUUGCAACUGGAUGAAUUUAUGAAUAGUGGUGGAUUUCGAUUGCGCAAGUGGGCAUCGAACUGCGCAGAGGUGUUACGAGGUAUUCCGAGCGAGAAUCUGGCGAUUGAUGUCGGUGGAAUUAAUUUAGAUCCAGAUCCAGCCAUAAAAACGCUGGGAUUAACCUGGAUGCCAAACACAGACGUUUUUAAGUUUCAGUUCAACAUUCCACCACUGGAAACGUACGAAACGCUUAGUAAACGUCGCAUACUUUCUAUCAUAGCUACGCUCUUUGAUCCAUUGGGCCUCAUCGGAGCUGUUAUUACGACGGCUAAAAUUUUUAUGCAACUACUGUGGACACUGCAAUCCGAGGAUGGAAGCAGAUUAGACUGGGACAAACCAUUACCUCAAACGGUGGGUGAGAAUUGGCGGAACUUUUACUCUCAAUUACCUUUGCUGAAUGGGAUUCGCAUCAAACGUUGCAUUAUUCUUCCGGAAGCUGUGACGGUGGAAAUUCACUGCUUCUGCGAUGCCUCGGAGAAGGCAUAUGGGGGCCUUGUAUAUAUUCGGAGUCUGGACUUUAAUGGCAACGUGUCUGUUCAAUUACUAACAUCAAGGUCUAAGGUUGCACCGUUAAAAUGUCAAACAAUACCGAGGUUAGAGCUCUGUGGGGCAGAGCUGGUCGCUAAGCUGUACACUAAAGUUAAGCAGUCAGUGAAAAUGGAGGUACCAACAUUCUUUUGGACCGAUUCGACAUGUGUGCUGCGCUGGAUCCAAGCAAUUCCCUCAACAUGGAGUACGUUUAUUGCAAACAGGGUGGCUAAAAUUCAAACACUUACGACGGUCAACACAUGGAGGCACGUUCCCGGAUCUCAAAAUCCAGCAGAUUUGAUCUCGAGAGGUGUAAACCCACAGGACUUUAUUCAUAAUGAUUUUUGGUGGCAUGGACCAUCAUGGCUAACUGAAACCCGUGAUCGUUGGCCAAAAACCGCAACCAAUGGAGUUGGUUGCGAAGGGGAGGAGGAAAGACGACACAGAACAGCGGCCGCUACAUCUUCUCACACGGCAGAAUUUACUGAUUGGUAUCUUGGCAAAUUUUCUUCAUUUCCAAAACUAAUAAGAUCUACGGCAAUCUUACUGCGAGUUAUAAAAUUGCUUCGCAAAAAUGGGGAAAAACGAUUAUCUGAUUUUCUUACUACAAAAGAGCUGCAGGAGUCAGAGCAAUUACUUAUUAGGCGAGUUCAAAGGGAAUCUUUUCCUAAGGAAUGGGACGCGCUUUCGAAAAACGAAACAGUCUCAAGGCAGUCUCCACUGCGUUGGUUUAAUCCCAAAAUUUCUCAAGACGAUCUCAUGAGAGUUGGUGGUCGACUCCAGAAUGCUCAGGAAUCUUUGGAUAGAAAACAUCCUAUGGUGUUACCAGCACGCCAUCAUCUAACGAAAUUAAUUUUUCUGCACUACCACGAACGAAUGCUGCACGCAGGACCCCAAUUGCUUCUAAGUGUAGUGAGACUACGCUUUUGGCCAUUACGAGGCAGGGAUGCAGCUAGGCGAACUGUUCAUAAGUGUCAGCGGUGUUUUCGAGCAAGGCCAACCACAGUACAACAAUUCAUGGGCGAUCUUCCAGCAGCACGAGUAAAUGUAACCCGCCCGUUUUCACAAACUGGUGUAGAUUAUUUUGGCCCAGUGUACUUACGUUUAAUCCCGAGACGCCCAGCAGUGAAGGCUUACGUUUCUAUUUUUGUGUGCUUCUGCACGAAGGCAGUUCACAUGGAGCUGGUGUCGGAUUUAUCGACGGAGAGGUUUUUGCAAGCCCUGCGCCGGUUUGUAUCACGAAGGGGAUUAUGCUCGGAUUUGUAUUCCGACAAUGGCACAAAUUUUGUCGGGGCGAAAAAUAAACUCCAAGAGCUGAUGCAACUGUUGAGGAGCAGAGAUCAUCACGACAAGGUAUCACACUACUGUGCGGAAGAGGGAAUUCAAUGGCAUUUCAGCCCCCCCAGUGGGCCGCACUUCGGUGGGCUUUGGGAGGCUGCGGUUCGUUCAGCCAAGCAUCACAUCCUGAGAGUCCUUGGUGAGAAUCCAGCCACACUGGAGGAUAUGAGCACGUUGCUCGUUCAAGUUGAGGGAUGUCUAAACUCCCGACCAAUCACGUCUAUCUCUGAAGAUCCAGGUGAUUUACAGCCGUUAACACCAGGACACUUUCUGGUUGGCUCCUCACUUCGAGCACUUCCGGAUUACAAUUACCAGGAUAUCCCGACAAACCGUCUGAAACAGUGGCAACUAGUACAGAAAAAUCUCCAAUGCUUUUGGACAAGAUGGAGAACGGAAUAUUUAUCCCAACUGCAGGCGAGAGUUAAACGUUGGCGUCCACCCGUUACUGUUGAAGUUGGUAGACUAGUAGUCGUCAAGGACGACAAUUCACCCCCUCUACGUUGGAAGAUGGGCAGGAUUCAAGAGGUUCAUCCAGGACAAGAUGGGACAGUACGCGUAGUUACGUUGAGAACCGCAGCAGGCACUCUAACACGGCCUGUGGAAAAAAUAUGCAUCUUGCCAACAGCAGAGUUCGCCGAAAACGACGAAGGGACUGAUCGAGCGAACCGAGUCUCUUAA